AUGAAGAUAACACAGGUUGGAAUGCAAGUUGCCGGCAAAAACAUCUUUGCAGAAAGAACUCCGGAGACCAUUUCUCGUACUACGAACAAUGCUGCAGGAACACCUUGGGAAUUGUUCCACUCUCACUGGAUUGACCAGCUUCUCGGGCACAGUUAUUCGCAUUAUAAUUUCAUCCUAGAAGUUUUAUACGAGACACUGCAGCAUCAAAGAACCAGGAAAGCACAUUCCAAAACGACGCCGGAAUCUAACGAAUCCUCAGGAGACAACCGCAAGGUUGCCUCUGCUCAGCAAGAGGCCUUGCAGAACUACGAGGCCCUUAGAAAGCUCUAUCACGCACCAAGUAGCACGCAGAAGCUGAUUUACGACUUUGUGCUUUGGUGCCUGGAGUUCAUCUUCAGCUGUUUUUUCAGGGAGAUUCGCACGAGGGGUGCGUUCCGUAUUCCGAAAACAGGCCCGGUGAUAUUUGUGGCUGCACCGCACGCAAACCAGUUCGUGGACCCGUUAAUUCUCCAAAUGCAGAUCAAGCGUGAGGUUGGACGCCGUGUUUCUUUCCUCAUCGCAGAAAAAUCGUACAAGAAGCGGGUCAUAGGCGACUUAUCACGGUGCCAGCUUUCGAUCCCGGUGAAGCGAGCCCAGGACAACUUGAAGGCUGCAGACGGCAAGAUCAAAAUGGAUCCUGGCGAUUCUUUGCACAUCUUGGGAGACGAUAAUACAGCUUUUAGGUCGCAGUGCCAGCCCAAGAGUCUGUUAGCAUUGCCCCAUUCGCUGGGGGUGGGCCAGGUGGGCCGAAUUGUCGAUGACCACGAGCUUUAUCUUCGCAAACCGUUUAGAUUUUCAAACGAAGAGGCCCGUAGUGUGGGUGAAAAGCUGUUUGCACGCGGUACACCGUUCAAAACGGCUCCCAAGGUGGACCAGGCGGAGGUUUACGCCCAGGUGUUCGAGCACUUGGCACGGGGCAACUGCCUAGGCGUUUUUUCGGAGGGCGGGUCGCACGACAGGCCGGAUUUGCUCCCCCUAAAGGCCGGCGUCGCCAUUAUGGCGUUAGGUGCGAUGGAUGCGAAUCCGGGGUGUUCCGUGUGCAUCACGCCAUGUGGCAUGAACUAUUUCCACGCGGACAGGUUCCGCUCGCGGGCAGUGGUGGAGUUUGGGCCGCCGAUUGAGAUCUCAAAGGAGACGGUGGACCUGUAUGCGAAUGCAGAAACAUCCAGAGAUGCAGUGAGGCAGCUCUUGGACACCAUAACGAAGGCUCUCAAGGCUGUCACGGUGACCUGCCCAGACUUCGAGACGCUCCUGGUGGUCCAGACCGCCCGCAGGUUGUACUCGCACAGCUUUUCCGCCCACUUGUCGCCCCCAGCCAUCGUGGAAAUGAACAGAAGGCUUCUUCACGGCUACACCACGUUCCAGGACAACGCACGGAUCCAGAAACUGCGGGCUGCCAUCCUUCACUACAACCAGGAGCUCCGGUCUUUCCAGAUUCCGGACCACUUGGUUGAGCAGCAGCACACACAGCAACGCAGCAAGUUGCAUGUACUGUUCAGACUCGUGUCUGUCGUGGUGCGGGUCGGGUUUCUAGGGGCAUUGGCCCUCCCUGGAAGCAUAUUGUUCCUGCCCGUUUUCGUUACGGCCAAGGUCAUCUCAGAGAGAAAGAGGAAAGCUGCCCUUGCAGCGUCAACCGUGAAGAUUCACGCCAGGGACGUCAUUGCCACAUGGAAGAUUCUAGUGGGCAUGCUCUUGGCACCGCUCCUCUACACGUUGUACUCGUUUGUUGGUGCGUAUCUGCUUCGAAAGUACUGUGCAAGCAGCCUCUCACUGUGGAAAACAGUGCCGCUUCUCUACCUGGUGUGUGCGUGCAUCACGUACUCGGCACUUGUGUUCGGGGACCGCGGGGCCGACCUCAUCCGCUCGAUAAAGCCGCUCAGGCUCAUGCUUGUGGGAAAUAAGGGCUUCGCCGAUUUGCAGCUUGAGAGAACACUGCUUGCUGGUGAGAUUACCUCGGUCAUCAACGAGUAUGGCCCCCAGUUAUACGCGGACUUCAAUCUCCGGAGCUACAAGGAUGCCGAGCAGUUGGCCAGGGAGGCCAAGUAUGCGACCGAGGAUGAGUACGAGGAGGCAAAGACCCAGAGGCUCCGGAGGAGAAGAGCAAGAAGAAAAGCUGCCAAGAAAGCUGCCAGGCCCAUCAAGGUGGGCGAGGUUCCGAUUCUCCAGGAUGAUUCUUCGUCUUCGGGCAUUGGAUUGUCGAGUUCUUCGUCCAGUGAGGUGGAAUCGUUGGUUUCCGACUCGGAAGGUGAGCCCGGGCCGGGAUUCCGCGACUCGCUCAGCCUGGUCCACGAUAAAAUCAUUGACAGCAACCGUAGGAGGGCCGAGUGA